AUGGAUAGACCAGUCGUUUUUAUUACUGGAGCGAAUACAGGACUGGGCUUGGAAACCGUCAAGGCCCUCUUCCAAUCCCCCAAAUCCUACACCAUCCUCCUCGGAGCUCGCAACAAAGAGAAGGCCGAUGCGGCGGUCCAACAGUUACGGGCUGAAUUCCCCCAGAGUGCCACAGUGGUGGCCCCAGUGCAGGUGGACCUCGAGAAUGACCUGUCAAUCGAGAGGGCCUUUGGCUUUGUUGUGGAACGGUAUGGCCGAGUGGAUGUCUUGAUCAACAACGCUGGAGGACAAUUUGACCCUCAGGUGGAUUCGGCAGACCUGACAAUGCGCGAGAUGUGGAACAAAUCAUGGGAUACCAACACGACCGGAACACAGGUCCUCACGCAUACCUUCGUCCCAUUGCUGCUCAAGUCCUUGGAUCCUCGACUGCUCUUCAUCACCAGCGGCACAUCCACACUGACCGAGUCGGGGAACCUGACGCUUCGAAUGAACCAAUCCCCAGCCAAGGGCUGGCCAAAGACUUCGCCCUCGAUCUCGGCCUAUCGAGCCAGCAAGACGGGCAUGAACAUGCUGAUGCGCGAAUGGACGCGAAUUCUUCGCAAUGACGAAGUAAAGACCUGGUGUGUUUCGCCGGGCUUUUUGGCCACUGGACUAGGCGGGAAUGCGGAGCGCAACAAGCGGAUGGGAGCCAUUGACCCGGCUACUGGGGCGAAUCUUGUACGCGAUGUGGUUGAAGGAGCGCGAGACCGGGAUGUUGGAAAAGUCGUUCGCCGAGAUGGUGUUCAGCCAUGUUCAAUUGGUAUUAUUGGUGCAAUUCAGCCUCCGCGACGUCAUCAGGGCAAGGCGUCGUCUCCGCCUCUUACCCUCUUGCCUCUUUGCACUGCCCAGGUCUUACGCGCCCAAUUCUUCUUCCUUUCUCCCCCCUUCCAGACCAUUGAUUCUGCCUGGCCAUUCCGUUUCGUUACUUCUAUUGGAUCCGUUCCUGGGAUCUGUCUUUUCUUCCUCUUCUCCCAUUCUUGCCCCUCCCCGUCGAGUCCCGGCGUGAUCCCGUUUGCGCCUGAUCACCUCAACUUCUACCCCCACCUCGGCCGUUCACCCAAGAUGAAUGUCCUCAAGCUCCAGAAGCGAUUCCCGCAGCUGGACCAGGGCGAGAUUUUCUCCCUUCAGGAUGCAUUCCGCAGACUGGAUGUCGAUGACCGCGGCUACCUAGACGAAGCCUCCGUAAUCAAGGCUACCCAGCAGUCUGAGCGCCAGCCGUACGAUGUGGUGCGCCAGGCCCUGAAGGGUGUGGAGCUCGAUAGCUCCCGCCGUGUCGAGCUCGAAGACUAUAUUGAUCUGGUUUCGCGACUCCGCACAGGACCGGCUCCUGGUGCUGCGAGCGCAGCGAGCCCCGCGGCCGUGAUUAAAGGAGCUGGAGCCGGCGCUGGCGCGGGCGCGGGUGGAGCCCGUCAUAUCUCCAAGGGCAGCGUUGGUGGUGGUCGCAUCCAUGUCCAGGGCUCCUCGGCAAACGUUACCCACACUAUCAACGAGGAUGAACGAACCGAGUUCACGAGACACAUCAAUGCUGUCCUCGCCGGCGAUCCCGAUAUUGGCGACCUCUUGCCUUUCCCGACUGAUACCUUCGAGAUGUUCGACAAGUGCAAGGAUGGUUUGGUCCUGGCCAAGUUGAUCAACGACAGCGUACCGGAUACCAUUGAUGAGCGUGUGUUGAACAAGGCUGGCAAGAAGAUCAAGCAAUUGAACGCUUUCCACAUGACGGAGAACAACAACAUUGUGAUCAACUCUGCCAAGGGUAUCGGCUGCUCUGUGGUGAACAUUGGUAGUGGAGAUAUCAUUGAGGUUCGCGAGCACUUGAUUUUGGGUCUGAUCUGGCAGGUCAUUCGCCGCGGUCUGCUGGGCAAGAUCGACAUUAAGCUCCACCCCGAGCUUUACCGUCUGCUGGAGGAGGACGAGACUCUGGAGCAGUUCCUGCGCCUGCCCCCAGAGCAGAUCCUGCUCCGUUGGUUCAACUAUCACCUUAAGAACGCCAAGUGGGAGCGACGAGUGACGAACUUCUCCACUGAUGUGAAGGAUGGCGAGAAUUAUACUAUUCUCCUGAAUCAACUGGCACCAGAGACUUGCUCUCGUAGCCCUCUUCAGACUCGGGAUGUGCUCCAGCGUGCCGAGGAGGUCCUCACCAAUGCGGAGAAGCUGGAUUGCCGGAAGUUCUUGACCCCCACCUCCCUGGUCGCCGGUAACCCGAAGCUUAACCUUGCCUUCGUUGCGAACCUCUUCAACACUCACCCUGGACUGGAUCCCAUCACUGAGGAGGAGAAGCUGGAGGUGGAAGAUUUCGAUGCCGAGGGCGAGCGGGAGGCUCGUGUCUUUACUCUCUGGCUGAACUCGUUAGAUGUGCAGCCUGCUGUCAACUCUCUCUUCGAUGAUCUGCGUGAUGGUACAAUUCUCCUGCAAGCCUACGAGAAGGUGAUUCCGGGCAGCGUCAACUGGAGGCAUGUGAACAAGCCCCCCGCGUCUGGAGGUGAAUUGAUGCGCUUCAAGGCCGUGGAAAACACAAAUUACUCUAUUGAACUUGGAAAGCACCACGGUUUCUCUUUGGUCGGCGUGCAGGGUGCGGAUAUUACCGACGGCCAACGCACGCUUACUUUGGGUCUGGUGUGGCAAUUGAUGCGCCGUGAUAUCACCCGUACUCUAUCUGCGCUGGCCCAGCGCCUGGGCAAGCGUGAGAUUACCGACCAAGAGAUGAUUCGCUGGGCGAACGACAUGUCGAAGAGCGGUGGACAGACCAGCGCUAUCCGCAGCUUCAAGGACCCGUCCAUUGGCACUGGUUGCUUCCUCUUGGACGUGCUAAACGGCAUGAAGAGCAGCUAUGUCGACUACGACCUGGUUACCCCGGGCCGGUCCGACGAAGAUGCUUAUGCCAAUGCCAAGCUGAGUAUCAGUAUUGCCAGAAAGAUGGGUGCUACCAUCUGGUUGGUGCCGGAGGAUAUUUGCCAAGUGCGCUCUCGCCUGGUGCUCACUUUCAUCGGUUCCCUCAUGGCGACUCACGAGAAAAUGUAA